AUGAAAAGUUGUGUUGCGGCCGCUCUGGUGCUGCUGUGCGCGUGGUGGCAACAGGAGGGAGCGCAAGCCUGCAGCUGUAGCGGCUUGCACCCUCAGCAGGCCUUUUGCUAUUCAGAUGUUGUUAUGAAGGCGAAGGUGGUCGGAGUGACGGUGGACGGUGAACUUCCCGGAUAUAUUAAGUAUGACAUCAACCAGACCAAGAUGUACAAGGGCCCUAACAAGAAUUUUGAUGCUAUCUACACGGCAUCCGACUCUGCAAUGUGUGGAGUCGAGCUGAAUAAUGGCACAGAGUAUUUCAUCAUGGGCAGACUGAGAUCCAACGGUUCUCUGCACAUCAACCUGUGCAGUUUCCUUUCGGUGCCGUGGGAAAUCACCAAAGCCAUGCAGAAGAAGAGUGUAUUGCAGCAAUAUCAGAUGGGCUGCGGUUGCACGAUUACACGCUGCUCUUCGGUCCCGUGCGGCAUCAGCGGCCCGGCCGAGUGCUUGUGGACCGACUACCUGACGGAAAAGAAGACCUUCGGCGAACAGGCCCGGCACUUUGCUUGCAUCAAGAGGGGCGACGGCUCUUGCGCCUGGUAUCGGGGGAAUGCCUCGCCUAAAAAGGAAUUCAUGGACAUUGAAGACCCUUAA